UACUGUCUCCAGCUCUCUAUUGCUCUGCUCUCUCCAUCCAAAAAACCUGACUCUCUUUUUGCCAUUUUCAGUUUCAGGGAUUGAAACAAGAAACAACUUCUGUUUAUUGCAUUUUCCUUUUUCUCUUUUUAUCUCUUCUUCUGCUCUGUCUUUUUGACUCCUUCCAAGCUCAACAACAAUGGCACCCAGAGGCAGACCUAGAAAGAGACUAAGCAGAAUGGACGCAGCAGUUGAUGCUAUGACGCCUUUCGGGUUUGAUGAAUCGCUGGUUAGGAAAACUGUGAAUAAGCUCCUCAAGGAAUAUGAAGGAGAUGAAGGGUGGGAAGGGUGGGCGUUCAUAGAGGAUUGCGGCUACAAGGAGCUCAUUGAUGCUAUUCUUCGCGAUCAAGAAGCUGACGAUGAUGAAGAGCGGCAAACCCAAACACAAAAGCAGGGUGUCUCCUCACAAGAUGAAAGAGCCGAAGACCCUGCUUCAGAAAGCACCAUUGCUCCCUCGGGCGCUCUUGUUGUUUCCACAUGCAAUGAAGCUGGCAAUACUGUAGGAGAAACAGCAUGCACUGAGCUUGUUAAUGCAGUAGAAGAACCAACAUACGAAGAGCUUUGCAGCAACAAACAAGACAUUGGUAGUACUGAAAUAUUUUGUCCCCCUUCAGCUGAAAGAGAUGGAAAUAGGUGGACAGACAUAGGGGAGGAUCAAACCUUAACACAGAAAGGAUCGGCUAACGCUGUUUUCAGCAAUGGUGAAAAUCCCCGGAUUAACUCUCAUGUUACUUCUCCACCUCCAACUACUUCCGCAUGCCCAGUUAAUCGUCUCAAAAUGAGUUCUUGGAGUCAAGUGCAAUCACAGAGUACCUCUCCUGUUUCUACUCCACCUCCAGCUUCUUCCUCAAGCCCAGUUAAUUGUCUCAAAAUGACUUCUGUGAGCCAAGUGAAAUCAUGGAGUAACUCUCGUGUUUCUGCUCCACCUCCAACUUCUCCCUCAAGCCCAAUUAGUAGUCUCCCUGCUGAUCAUCACACUACAACUCUUCCUUCCUCAAAGCCAGUUAGUGCUCCACCAAGAAAGCGCGUUCCUUGUUAUGGCUGGAUUGGAAGUGAUGAUGAAGAGGAUGCUGACGACUUCAUACAAUUACCACCAAUGAAACCAACUACACCACUGCAGUCACAAAAUUCAAGUGGUGGUACCAAUAAGCAAAUGAAACGCAAAUCAAGGUGGGAUAUUUGACCCAAUGAUCCUUAGUAUUCUCUCUCUUUCAUGAUAUCAGUGUAUGGACAUAACUUGUAUUGGCAUAGAAGACUGUUUUGUUAGUCAAUGCUCAAGGUUUGCAAUACUUUCUGCUGGAUUCUUAAGUUACAACCAAUACACCAUCAAACGUAUUUUGGUCUGUGUGGACUGCAAGUGCUUGGAUCCCCAUAUAUUGUGGUAAACCCCAGUUUUACGCCACCCAUGGAAUUUGUCCACUUUUUAAAAAAAGUUUAACUGACUUCAAAUACAUACAGUACAUUUUUCUA